CCAUAAUGAUAUAUGCAGCUACAACUGAUGAUUGUACUAAGUGUACGGCAGCGGACAACGACAUGCUCACUUGUACCAACUCUACUAAGGAAACGCUCAAUAAAGUAACACCAAAUCUUGCACUGAAAUGUACAUGCCAGCAAACCUUCAUCAAUGAAUAUGCAAGUUGCUUUAAGUGUCCAAUGGCAGUUGAAUAUUUAAAAGGCAAUAAAUCACCUUCUGUCAAUGGUGAGUAA